GAAGGCUGCCAUUGACAUGAGAAGUACGCGAAAUAGUGCGUUGAUAAAACAUUUUUUGAAAAUAAAUAGUGAGUCGAAAUUCAAAAAAUGAGUGACCUGGAUUUACCAGCAUUAGCUGAAAGGGAAAGAGCCAAAGCUCGAGAUGCAUGGAAAGCUCCGAUGAAAGAGAUUGAUGCAGCCUUAGUGGCUUGUACGUUUGGGAGGUUCCAUAUAAAGCUGCUAUCUACAGCCUUCGUCGGUUUUAUGGCUGGAAUUCUGGCUAGUUCCACGACAGCCUAUCUGCUGCCUAGCGCAGAAUGUGACCUGAAAAUGGAUUUACUGCAAAAAGGAUUGUUGAAUGCCAUGCCAUAUGUGGGAAUGCUGAUAUCAUCUGUGGUGGCUGGUUUCCUAACCGAUGCGUUUGGCAGAAAGAUAUUUCUGGGAGUUGGAUUCAUUGGAUUAUUUAUAUUCCAACUAAUUGGUGGUUCCAGCCAAACAUUCGAAAUUCUCGCUACAGCAAAGUUUUUUGAAGGAUUACUAUAUGCAACGGCUUUCAGUGCCUGUGUAUCCUUGACCGCUGAAUUCUCAUAUUCUAGCAUAAGAGAUCGUAUGCUGUUAUGCCAGUCUUCCUUCAUCGCUGUGUCCCACGUGAUUAUAGCUGCUAUGUCUUGGGCCAUACUGACAAAUGAUUGGAAGUACUCCUUCUUUGAUGGAAAAUUUGUACUAAAUACUUGGAACUUCUAUCUAUACUUGAUGUCCCUAUGGGCUUUAGCAGCGUUUGUGAUGUACGUGUUCUGGUUGCCUGAAAGCCCAAAGUUCUUGGUGACACAAAAGAAAUAUGACCAAGCCAGAGAAAUACUUAUCAGGGUCUACGUGGAAAAUACUGGAAAACCUGCUGAUACUUAUCCGUUCUAUAACAUAUGGAAAGAUAAAAACAAGCACUCAAUAGAUGAGACCCCAGAGCGCAAAGCUGAAAUGAGCAUACGUCAUCAAAUCAUGGAGGGACUAUACAAUGUAAAACCAAUGUUUCAAAAACCAUUAGGAGUUUACUUAUCUAUGACGUGCUUCAGCAAUUUCAUUAUAAUGGCUAUGUACAACGUCUUAAGGCUAUGGUUUCCUCAAGUAUCAGCUAUAGUAGAGAACAACCCACUAACAGACGGACAGGAUCUAUGCGCCGUGAUAGAUAAAUAUACAAGCAGCCUGAAACCUGUUAUUUUGGCGAAUACUACACUUACUGAAGAGAUCUGUGUACCGACAAAAAGCGGUCACGAAACUUAUAUUAACAGCAUCAUCCUCGGUUGCGUCUGCAUUAUUCCCUACGUCAUCACCGCUCUUCUAGUCAACAGGGUGGGCAAGAAACCGCUUCUCAUUGGUGCAAGCAUGAUUUCUGUUGCAAGUUCUUUGAGUCUUCGUUGGGCUAGCAACAAGGUAGCGCUGGUAUCGUUUUUCUCAAUAUCAGUAGCUAUUGCUCAGUCAAUGAUCAGUUUAAAUCAAGCUAUGACUGUGGAAAUGUUUCCUACUACGACAAGAACUCUGGCUAUAUCAAUGAUUAUGGUGAUUGGUCGUAUUGGAACGUUAUCGGGUAACAUAGUGUUCCCAAUAAUGCUGGAGAUAGGCUGUGCCUUCCCAUUCUAUUCCAUAUCUGGGUGUAUGGUUUUGGUCCUGAUCGUAGCGCUCUUCUUACCAAGCAAGAAGCAGUGAUAUUCCAAUAAAA